UAUUUUAUUUAGAUUGACUUGUUAAAAUAGAAGUAGAUUGUAAAACCCUACAAGCGUAACAGAGACGUCUCUGCGGCAGCUGCUAAAGUCGUCUCCGUCCUAAUUUUCUCCUCGAUUGUUCUGGUUUUGGUGUUUGCAAUGGCAACACAGAACAACAAAGAGAUCUUCUUGAGUGGAUUAAAGAAACUCUUCAAAGAACAAUGGCAACCAGAUGUACUACUCAAGGCAGGAAACAGUGAUAAGGGUGCAACUAUCUCCGCCCACAAACUUGUUCUGGCAUCAAGAUCAGUGGUGUUGAAGAAGAUUAUGGAAUCAGACGAGUUCAAGGCUUCAUCUAAGCUAGAGACAGUCACUUUCUCCGAGAUGAAACACGAAGAACUUGAGGCUUUAGUUGAGUUCAUGUACUGCGUUGAUGGCUGUAUUUGUCUUGAAAGUCUCAAGAAACACGUAGGAUCACUCUAUCUUGCAGCGGACAAGUAUGAUAUUCCGCAUCUGCGUGACCUAUGUAGAAAGCAUCUUAUAUCAUCUCUUAACUCCUCCAACGCUCUUAACACCUUUGAGCUUGCCCAAAUCCCUUUUGACAAGGCCCUUAACGAUGCGGCUUUCACUACUAUCAAGAACAAUAUAAGCACGAUCGCUAACUCUGCUGAGUUCAAGUUGUUUGUUGUCAACAAUCCAUAUCUUUCUGUUGAGAUCAUGAAGGCUUUUCUUGUUCAGCCUAAUAAUUAUUGCUGUGGCUAUUGUGGUAAAUACCGCUACUAGAGGAAUCACGACUAGUUGCAAGGUUUUGCCGGCUGUUCUCGCAGAGUGGAUGCAGCUAAACUAAUAGUAGUAUAUCAAGAUUUUAAACCUAGCCUGAUGAUCCUUCUACUUUGAUUUCGAAUUUUUGUAGUUUUUGGAGUAGUAUUUAAUGCUGCUUUUUAAAAGAAAUAAACUAUUUUAUUAGCUAUUCAAGAUUUUAUUUUAGUACUGAUGCACAAGAAGCUGCUCAAAGCAACUACUCGACUCUCACUAAUCAAAUCUCCUCCAGGUUUGCAGUGAAAACUAUCCCUUUUAGCGAGAGGCUGCAGAUGGUGCUUCCCAAGAAGGGUGGAUUAUCCCCUCUUCUAGGACGAGAAACUAAUGCAUGUUCUGGCCAGCCUUCGCAACUGUGUUGAUGUACACCUGAUGCUAGCCAUGGUUCAGAUAAGUAUUUAUUGGCACA